UCAAAUAAAAUUUUUCAAUGUUUUAAUUAUAAAAAAAAAAUUCAAUGUUUUACUUGUGUUAAAUUUUAUAUGGUUGUCAUUAUUUCUAUUUAACUCAUGAUUGUUGACAUUGAUGGACUAAGGGUGACACUAGUUGUACCAUGUCUCUAGUGGGUUGAAGUUCAGUUAUACACAUUUUGCAAUGCUUUCUAGUAUGCUUCUAGUUUGUGAGAUGUGGAUGACCAUCUUUUAUAAUUUACCUAAUAUAAAAUUGGACAAAGCGGAAAUCUUUUUUCCCCUUUCUGAGGCAUCUGGUCUUACUUCUGCCAUUUCUUUCGAAGCUACAUUGAAGUUCCCUACUCAUUAUAAAGAAUUCCUUUGAUGAGUCACCAUCCCUAUAUAUUCCAUUUUGAUCCUACUAAUUACAUGGCAUAAAGUGGAGAUGCUUCCAGAAGAAUCCUACUCAGUUGCUGAAAGCCUCAGUAGACAGGCUGUCCAUGGUAUCUAGCAACUUGUUUUGAGAUGUUUACUUCAUCUUAUGAGUGAAAACAAAGAACUAUUGCACCUUGUGGCAAUGGAUCAAGAAUGCGUUGUUUUAGGAUGUGCUUGACACUUUUGGCCCAUUAGUUUGUGGCAUUCACUGGUGUUCCUUUUGCUUUUAAAUUCUAUUCUGUCUCUGCAUUUCAUGUUCUCAUUUCUUGGUGUCUCAUGAGAUUUUUUCAUUCAUUGGACUGUUUUUCUUCAACAGAUAAAAGUACUCUUAUUUUUAUUCUCUACUAGUAGUCUUAGAUCCACAGAAAAUUUAGUUGCCACUUUGUAUUGUAAAUCUUGCUUUAUCCCACUUUUUAUUGCCUUUGUAUAUCUUGCCUUUUCAUGGCACCUUCCAUUUUUAUUUACAUUAUGUGUCUCUGCUAUUUUUGCCUUCCUAUUUUGAUUCACUAAUCACUCAUCAAGAAAAGAAAAGACAUUUGACUUGCAAGUACUGUGUGAUUUUGAAAGGCAAAGUUAGUGUCUAGUAAAACUGUAGAGGCUUCUGUCAUUCUCUUCUGAUACCAGCAUUUGCAUUUCUUGCUAUUUAUUUAUUUGAAAUUGGACGAGUAAUUUCUUGGUUUCUGGUUCCUAGAGCAUUAGGUUUCCUGUAUAUAAAGUUCAAUAUCUUGACAUUACUUAAUGGAUGUAUCUUAGACGUCAAGUUCUCCUUUUAGCUCUGGGGUCUUGAACCUGAACAUGGCUAUUCAUGUCAUUAUUCUCGUUUCUGGCUGCAUCAAGUUGGCACUUUGUCUAACUUUCCAACAGGUCUGACAUCUGUAGAAGGGCAUCUGUUUUCAAAACUAUGGGAUUUUCUUCUCAAGGAUUGGACAAUUAUGGAAAGCAUGCAGAAAGUCAGACAAAACCAGUUUUGCCUCUGGGGACUCCUGAUUUUGUUUUCCCUUCUCAAAUUGGUUACAGUCAGUCAAUGGCUCGUAUUCCAUACCCUUAUGCUGAACCAUAUAUGAAUGGGUAUUUGGCUGCUUAUGGGCCACAAGCUGUUAUUCAUCCGCAAAUGAUUGGGAUGGUACCUGCACGAGUCCCAUUGCCUCUUGAUGUUACAGAUGAUGAACCCAUCUAUGUCAAUGCAAAACAAUAUCGUGGAAUUCUCAGACGGAGACAGUCGAGAGCCAAGCUUGAGGCUCAAAAUAAGCUUGCCAAAGGACGCAAGCCAUAUCUUCAUGAAUCUCGACAUCUUCAUGCACUGAGGAGGGCUCGGGGUUCUGGAGGACGGUUCCUCGACACAAAGAAGCUUCAGGAGACCAAGUCUGUUGCUUCUGAUGGCCACGAGGCCUUGGACUCUGCUUCUCUACAACAGGGUAGAAAUCUAUCGGAGUCUGAAGUUCUUCAGUCAGAGACAGGGACUGCAGGCGCCUCAGCCACCUCUGAUAUCACUAGCAUUUCCAAUAGUGAUGAAAUCUGCCGGCAGCCAGAUCCAAGGUUCUCAGUUUAUGCACCCCGUGGGGGUCAUUCCAUGCAAAGUGGUGGAGUUGGCAUCGUGUGCAAUGGAUCCGAACUCCGUGUUCCCAUCAUGCGAUGAGAGACGGAGAGGAGCACAACCAGAUCGGCAGCUGUCUGGUGUUCCUUUGGCAAUUCAUCCUUGGCUUUGAUACUUAGUUCUUUGAUGGCUAGAAGGUAGGAUUCCCAUAAGAAGACGAAGUGUAUUAGUAAAACCAUCAUUACCAACUUGUUUCAUCUUUUUGAGGUAUUUGGGGAAUUUGACAAUUGUUUGAAGAAAGGCUCUCUGUUCACAAGGUUCCGCUCUGCUGCCUAUGACACUUAUGCUUCACUUGGGUUGGGUUUAGUACUUUGUAAUGGUUGUUUAUUUGAUCGUAGUGUUGGUAGUUUGCCUGGUUCUGGCGUCUCAAAUCCUCAACCUCGUUACGACCAAACAGAAUUAAUGUGAUUCUUCCUGUUUCUUUCCAUGAAGGACAGCAUAUUUGGACUUUCUA